GCUACUUUGAACUUACCCAACAAUGGUCAACGCACUAUUCUUCCAACUACCGGCAACUAGGCCACACUUCCUGAAGUUCUCGCAGUCACCAACUUUCGUGUCCAUCCACACUAUGUAAUCCGCAAGUGUUGUGUUCUGGGUUCGACACGAAUAUUGUCGCGCAUAUUUCCGUCGUUUUCCGGAGAUAUGGCUAGGACAAUUUCAAGUUCUCACUGGGAUUUAGGCCUUAGGGCCCAGCUCUAUUACAGCACCACGUAUGCGUUGACGACUAACUCCCGCGGACAGGAAUGCCAUUGAACUGUUUCGAGUCAAUUCUGCCAAUAUCGUCAUGUAUUCGAAAUAUGACUCUAUGCCUUCUUCUGUGGAGUAUAAAAGCGUCAGCAAUCAUGUUGCCGACGACCUCUAUACAAGUAAGAUUGACUCACUAUCAGAUUACCCGCCUCUCUAGUGUUUUCAUUGUUCUCCUCGGCCUGACGGCCCUUGUCAACGCUGGAGUGCCAGUAGCUGCUCGCCAAGCUAUUGACCUCGACAAGCGUAACAUCAUCGGGAGAGACGAGGACUACGAAGUCAAAUACUCAUGGCAGAAACGAAUAGAGUGGGGUCUGCGAAAUCAUAAACGAUUAUGGCUGUCGAAUUAUUUCAAGGACGGUUGGCUUCGUUUACAUGCAGGAUGUCGACGAGGAAUGUGCAUGACAUGAGGAUAAGGUAGACUUAAGGCAGAGUGCGAAUGCGGUUUUCCAAUGGCAGCUGCACGCUGGCAGGCAUGCAGGAGGCGCUGAUCAGCGAUAUUGAGCGCAUUGCAAGCACCUGGUACUGGCAGUGCUAUCAUAAUGACAGUAUGGCCUGACUUCCCGAUGCUAUGCGCAACACUGGGAUAUGACACGACUACAACGUUGUUACUCCGCGCUCCUCCAUGGGCCUUCGCGACUAUAGUGGCAUUUGCUCUUCAUUGUCCGUCAACCAUUUUUUAUCGGAAAUCGGAUCUCAUGGGGAUCAGGUACUCUGACAAGAAGCAGAGGCGUUACAAAUACUUUGCUGCCUCCAUUGGCAAUGCACUCGGUACCCUCA